GAAAAUAAAAAUCGAUUAAAUCCACUGUAAUUCGCGAGUGUAAACCUCUCACCUACUGUUCUUUUCGCGACCGUAGGCUCGAAUUUAUCAGGCUUCUGCACUGCCACUGUACCGGAGGGGACGGUAGAGAGCAGAGAAGCUGCUCCAUUUGAACGAAGUUGCUCGGUAGGGGUUUAGCUGACGUGUGGAGAAGUUGAGACAGCCAGAGAGCAGAUAAACAAACAUAAACAAGCAGUGAUCAGCUGAGCGCCUGUCCGAACCGAACCAGCAGCACGGAGAGGUGCCAGGGAGAGCGGGUUUCCUCUGUUGAGCCCAAGAAUGAUCCACAGGAGACCGUGACUUACACUGAUACUAGCUCCAUGUCAACUGUCAACACUGGCACACAAAGAAUUUCGGAAGCACAACACGAGGACCAGCCAUAGGCUUUAGCAGAAAACCCACUGCUCCUGUCACUGUCUGUUUGUCAAGACAUAGCUAGGCUAACAUGGACAGCCAAUGAGUUUACCUUCCAGUGUCCAGCUGUAACGAAACGAAUACACAUUACAGUGCAAGGAGACAGAGAAGUGGGAUUAACAUGGCCCAUCAGGCAACCCCUAGUUCACAGAAGGCCCUGAUGAUGGAGCUGAAGUCUCUGCAGGAUCAGCCGGUGGAGGGCUUCCGCAUCACUCUGGUGGAGGAGUCUGACCUCUACAACUGGGAAGUGGCUAUCUUCGGGCCCCCAAACACCCUGUAUGAGGGAGGCUACUUUAAGGCUCACAUCAAGUUUCCAGUUGACUACCCAUACUCCCCACCAACCUUCCGCUUCCUCACCAAGAUGUGGCACCCCAACAUUUAUGAGAACGGAGAUGUGUGCAUCUCCAUCCUGCACCCUCCUGUUGAUGACCCUCAGAGCGGGGAGUUGCCCUCUGAAAGGUGGAACCCCACCCAGAAUGUCAGGACUAUCCUGCUUAGUGUGAUCUCACUGCUCAAUGAGCCCAACACAUUCUCUCCAGCCAAUGUGGAUGCCUCUGUCAUGUUUCGCAAAUGGAGGGACAGCAAAGGCAAGGACAAGGAGUAUGCAGAGAUUAUCAGGAAGCAAGUGAUGUCAACAGCAGCAGAGGCUGAGCGCGAUGGCGUCAAAGUCCCAACCACACUGGCAGAGUACUGCGUCCAGACCAGAGUUCCCUCCCAGGACAGCAGUUCAGACCUUCUUUAUGAUGACCUCUACGACGACGACAUGGAGGAGGAGGAUGAAGAAGAAGACGAGAGCGAGAUGGAGUCUGUAGGCGAAGCAGGGGGGCUCAGCGCCGUGGAGGACGGCGGGACGUCCACCAGACGAUAUGACAACCAGGACGACUCUGGCAAUGAAGACUCAUGAUGAUCUGGAUAAUAACUCCGCCCUGCCAACUCCCCACCACCCUCCUUCUUUUCUGUUUUACGUUAGAAUUUUGUGUGUG